AUCCACCAUCCACCAUCCACCAUCCACCACUUUACACACGCCACCUGUCUACCUACGAAAACACCAACCAACGCCGGUGUGACACCACCACCACCAACCCAACCCACCCAACCCAAUAUAAAAAGCAGACAAUGUCCCCCUCCACCCGCCGCCUCCUCAAAGAAUCCACAGACCUCCAAACCAACCCAUCCCCCUACUUCCACGCGGCCCCAGUAUCCGACACCAACCUCUUCGACUGGCACUUCACGCUCCUGGGCCCACCACCACCCUCCCCCUACGCCGGCGGCAUCUACCACGGCCGCAUCACCCUCCCACCCACAUACCCACUCCGCCCCCCGAGCUUCCGAUUCCUAACCCCCUCGGGACGAUUUGAAGUCAACCGGGAGAUCUGUCUCAGUAUCUCAGGCCAUCAUGAGGAGACGUGGCAGCCAGCGUGGGGGAUCCGAACGGCGUUGAUUGCGCUGCGGAGUUUCAUGGAUGGAGAUGCGAAGGGCCAGGUGGGCGGGUUGGAUGAUUUUGAGGGGGUUUUUGGGGGGGAGGAUAAAAGUGAGGGUAUGGAGGCGGGGAAGAAGGAUGGGGAUGGGGAUGAGGCUGCAGCUGCGGAUGCAGGUAUAGCUGCAGGUGUGGAUACGUCUCAGAUCCCUCAAGCAGAGGUACAGGCACAGGCACAGACACAGCAACCCCAACAACAGCAAUUACAACAUACUCCCCCAGCAACAAGACCUCCACCACCAGUGCCUGCUGCACCAGCUGCUGCUGCUGCUGCUGCAACAUCUCAAGAUACACCCUGGCUCGACCGAGCCAUUAUCGGCGUCAUCAUCGCACUAGCAGCCAUGAUCCUGCGACGGCUGACGCGUGACAUGGACUCGGAGUGAUCCUGCUAUCCUCUUUACUUAUUUCUGUGUUCCACAUGAAGCAAUGGUGUUUGUUUGGCGUUGGAUGGUAAUUCAUACAGUACCCUGGGUUAUUAGGUAUAAUGGUUAUGGUUGUGUAUAUUAGGUGUUUUGUGUUAGGCUUGCCACAGGUUGUGUUUCUGGUAAUUUCAAUGUGAGUUUGUG